CCCGCCGCGCCGCCUCCCCCUCAGUGCGGAGCCGGAGCGCAGAGAGGAGAAUCCCUCCUGAGGAUCAGCUGGAGGCCCCCCGCCGCCCGGGUCCAGGUGAAGCCAUGGAGGUGUUCCGGAGCCGGCUGCUGGGGAUCUCCGUGGCCGUGGCGCACGGCGUGUUCUCCGGGUCGCUCAACAUCCUGCUCAAGUUCCUCAUCAGUAACUACCAGUUCGGCUUCCUGACGCUCAUCCAGUUCCUCACCAGCUUCACGGCCAUGCUGGCGCUGGAGAGCCUGCGGCGGCUCGGGAGGAUCCAGGUGCCGCCGUUCGGCAUGCAGCUGGCCAAGGAGUUUGCGCCAGUCUGCAUCCUGUCCACGCUGCAGUCCACGCUGACGCUGUGGUCGCUGCGCGGCCUCAGUCUGCCCAUGUACGUGGUGUUCAAGCGCUGCCUGCCGCUCUUCACGCUCUGCAUCGGGGUGUGCGUUCUCCGGAACGCGCUGCCGUCUGUGGGCGUGGUGACCGCCGUGCUCAUCACCACAGGGGGCGCUGUUCUGGCAGGAGCCGGAGACCUCACCGGGGAUCCGUUUGGUUACGUCACCGGGGUUCUGGCUGUAAUCAUUCACGCCUCCUACCUGGUUCUGAUCCAGAAAACCAGUCUGGAGAGCGAGUAUGGACCUCUGACUGCACAGUACGCCAUCACCAUCAUGGCGUCGCCGGUUCUGCUUGUCUGCUCCAUCAUCUCCAUGGACGCUCUCAACAUGUGGUCCUACGCGGGCUGGGAGGAACCGCAGAUCACCGUCAUCUUCAUCCUGUGCAUCUUCAUCGGCUGCGCCAUGAACUUCACCACCCUGCACUGCACCUACAUCAACUCGGCCGUCACCACCAGCUUCGUCGGCGUGGUCAAGAGCAUCGCCACCAUCACGGUUGGCAUGCUGGCCUUCAAGGACGUGGCGCCCACGCGGCUCUUCAUUGGCGGAGUGGUGGUGAACACCAUUGGCUCCAUCACCUACUGCGUGGUCAAAUACUUUGAGACGCAGAAGAAGAGUUUGUACGAGGACCUGGAGAAGGACGCCGCGCAGCCUGGAGACCCCUACACCGAGAAACCACCGCUGAACGGGGAAGGGUCCGCCACCGGUCCUGAGCCGGGGCCGUCGGAGAGCGGAGACGGGAAGGAGGACGAGGCGCCUCAGUUAUCGAACGGAGCGCUGUCGGUGGAGGGCAGCGCCGGAGGAGACGGUGACCUGAAAUCUGUUGUGAUGACGGAGAAAGAGGCGCUGGAGAUGCAGAGGGAGCACCUCCACCAGGAGAACGCCGCCGCCGGCCGGUCCGCCACCCAGAACCUCGUAGGAGCAUUGAGGUCCAUCAGGAGUCUGCAGCUCACCAAGAAGGAAAAUCUGAUCGAUAACAUAGAGCUUCAGAGUCCAUGAGGGCGGGAUGGAGACCCAAACGGACUCCUGAGCCGAAACAGAAGGGAACUCAGCGGACAGACCGGACAGAGACCAGACAGACUGGACAGAGACCAGACAGACUGAACAGAGACCGGACAGACUGAACAGAGACCAGACAGACUGAACAGAGACCGGACAGACCGGACAGAGACUGGACAGACUGGACAGAGACCAGACAGACUGAACAGAGACCGGACAGACCGGACAGAGACCGGACAGACCGGACAGAGACUGGACAGACUGGACAGACCGGACAGACCGAACAGACCGAACAGACCGGACAGACCGGACAGAGACCGGACAGACCGAACAGAGACCGGACAGACCGAACAGACCGGACAGACCGGAGGAUGUCUUUCAUUUGCAUCGGCCCGCUUGACAAAUGCUUGAUGGUCUUGUUGGCUUCGUCUCUCUGCUGAAGAUUUCACGUCCCAGAACUGCAGAACCAGGAGGCGGACUGACUGUGUCUCCAUGGUAACGAGUAUGAAGCAGUUCCAGUUUGAGCCAGCAGGGGGCGGAGCUUCUUCUCGGCAUGUGGAUUGGGCGGCGCAGAGCACGGCUAGCAUGACGCGGUCCGUCUCCCCGGUCCGGUUAGAACACGGCUGGACUGAACCCUGCAGGUCCAGUUUACUUUUCAUUUGCUUCCAUUUCAUCAUCAGAUCCAAAAUAAUCAAAAUUAAUGUGUCGGCCAUGACGGUACCGGGUUCUGUUCCAUGUCCUUUGGGUCAUCCGGGUCACUGCUCAGAGGUUUGUCUGUUUACCUAAAAGCCAAACGAAGUUAUAAAUUCAUAAAACUGAGAAGUUUGUUUCUAUGACGUUUUACUUCUUCACCACACAGCAGGUGGAUUUUAUUUUAGGUUUUAUUAAACUGCUUUUUUUUCUUUCUGGUUUGGUUCUGAACUCAUGCGUCUCAAAAUGCCAAAAAUGUUUUUUAUUUUAUUUGAUGUUUUCAGUGUUUUCACAGCUGAGAAGGGAAAAACUCAGUCACAAUGAUUUGAUUUCCACUGUGGCCUUUUUAUUUACCGUAAGUUUUUUAUAAAGCCUCAAGAAGAGAACAACGUUUGAUUGUUUUUGCUGUUUUAUGAUAAAAGGACUCCGUCAUGUCAGCUGUUUAUAAGAUGUUUGUUGUGUGUAAUAUUCACUGAGUUCCUAUUAAAUGGCUGCCAGACUGA